AUGUCGAAAAGCUCCGAGGCAGACCCAGAGGAAGGUGAAAUCAUUGACGAUGAUUUCGAUGAAAUAUCAGAUAACUCUAUAAUUUUAAAUGAAACGGGUAAGUCUUUAUUUCCUAAAGAACGUUUACCAGUUAUUUCUUUGAGCAGUGUCAGUGGCGACGAGGAAGAAGAUAGGAAGAUCAAGAGAUUCAAAAAAUUCCAUGGGCACCAUCAUCACCACCACCACCAUCGUGGGCAUCACAAUCACCAUAUUAAAAUCAAGAAAAAAAUUAAAGACAAAUGGUUCAGCAAGUACCACAAGAAGAAGAAAUGGAAGAGAUUGAUGGAGAGUAGCUCAAGUAGUAGUUACAGUGAGUCCUCUCUUGACAUUGAGUUGGAUAGGAAACUUCAAAAUCAACUCAAGGCCGCAAUUCGGGUACAAGCUGAGGAGGAUUGUACAAAAAACAGCUUGAAAUCCAGGCUAAGAGCCAUGACAAGGCCAGUUGAUAUUUUAGAAAUGAAAAUUGAUAGCCCUAAGUCUGAUAAUAAUGAAAAACCAAUUGAAGAUAAGCAAAAUAUUGAUGAAAUUGAUGAUGAACUAAUACAAUUAAGAUUGGAAGCCGAACAUAGAAAAAAGAGAAAAGUUAAAGAAAUGGAGGAAAAAGAAGGGAAAACUGAUAAUUUAGAAACUAAUAAAGAAAAUACAGGCAAUGAAAAUAUGCAAACUAAAAAAAUUUGUCUAGAUGAACCUGAUGUAAACACUACUCCCCCAGAUGAAGAUGAGGAUGUACUUAGAGCUCUACUAUUAGCAUCAAUGUCAAAAAAGAUGACAAAAGACAUUGUGGUACAAAAAGUAGAAUUACCCAAAAAUAUUGACCCUAAACCGAAUCAAAACAUAGCUAAGCCUAAUGUUUUUGUAAAAAAAUCUGUGCCAUUAAGACAACAUAUCCCAUCAAAAAUAAAACCAAUAAUAAUAAAUAUAAACACAGACACUGAGAGUGAAGAUGAAGGAAAUAAAACUGUAAUUAAUCCAAAUAUAAAAGACACUGUUCUUCCAAUAAAUCAAAUAAACAGUGAAAUUGAGAACACUGUAGAACGAUUUUUGAAGGAACAAAGAGCCAAGGUGGAAGCACAGUUGGUGGCUAAUCCAGUCAUACCAGUAACACCUAAAUCAAAACUAAUAAAACCUCAAAAACCAAAUGAUUCUGUGAUAUUAGAAAAGUCUGCCGUUAAAUUACUACCGAAAGUGAAACAAAUAGAGUACCAGAAAUUGUUGCAGAGAUUGAAAAAUGCACAGAAAAAACCUAGAAUAAGAAGGGCUUCUUUUAAGGGUAUCGAAGAGGGUAAUUCUGUGAGAAAAAUAGUUAGGAAUAAAAUACACAGUCCUGGAAAAUCUUGUGGAGUUGUCAAGAAUGAAAAAGUACCUGAUAUCAAGCAGGAUGCUAGGAUGUUACACAAUGCCCUCAAGCAGAUGCAGAAGCAGAAAAAUGGAAGAUUGCAGAUUGAAGAAAAAUAUGUAGUUCUAACACCGAUCAUCCGGAAGAUAAAUGAAGCCUCUACAGAAAGGAAGAAGUACGACCAAGACGUAAAGAGAUUGCUGGAGGAACUGACCGAGGCUAAGGCGAAGUUGCACGAAACCCACCAGAAUUUCUCAGUGUGCGUUAAGGAAUUGUUAACGAAAAAGGAAGAAAUUGAUAAAAGUACACCUCAACCAGCUCCAAAGAAAAAUGGCCUAACUAAAAUACCUCAUACGUCAACCCCAAAUAAAAUCAAACUCCCUGUUGAAACAUUUGAAAUUAGUACUAUACCAAAUACUCCGAACUCAACGCUUCCCACUACUUCCACUCCAAUUAAUAUUGCUGUGCCUAAAUCACCCAUUACUUUUAAUCCUCCUAAAUCGCCCAAUAAAGAUUGUGAAAAAAUUUCGGAAGAAGGAUGCGGCGAUGAUGUCGAAAAACAUGAGAUACUGAAAAUAAGCGAACUAGACGUUAUUUGUAAUGGAAAUAAUACGGAAAAUAGUGAUUUAGACGAUAUCAAUCCAGGAGAUCCGAAUGACAUCCUCAGAAUAUACGAGAAGGAGCAAAUUGUUCCUAAAUAUGUAUCGCCAUUGGAUUCUAUCAAAAGGGAUGCUGGGUAUGAUCCUUUUGAAAUAAUGUGUCCGUAUGACAUAGACGGCAAUUGUCGCGAUGAAGAGUGUAGU